AUGGGUCUUUCAAAACUUGUCGACAAAAUGAGAAACCACUCGGUGGCUUCGGUCAAUGCGGCCGAUCCACCGGUGGACGCCGGAAAGGCUCCUCUGAAGAAGCAGAUCUACAGAGCUAGGUACAACUUCGGACCCAACUUCGGUGCCGUUUUUGUGGGAGAAAAAUGGAUCUUCCACCUGAUCUUCCCAAAAGGUGCAGAAACGGAACUCCAGGCUGCUGAGGGCAACAUCAAGGAAUUGGGUGUUGACGGAGCCAGAAAGAAGUACGAGAAGCACUGGAAGAGUUACGUCAAUGAUGACGACUGGGCCUGGCUUCACGAUAAUGGUGUGACUGCCAUCAGACUUCCAAUUGGCUACUGGAAUAUCGACGGCGGUAAGUACACCAAAGGCACCAAGUUUGAGAAGGUCGCUGGUGUCUACAAGAACUCCUGGGAUAUCAUCAAGAAGAACUUCAUUGAGCCGGCAGGCCGUUUCCAUAUCGGUGUUUUGAUCGAUAUUCAUGGAUUGCCUUACGGUGCCAAUGGCAACGACCACAGUGGUGAGACCAACAAUGGUAAGGCUGAGUUCUGGAGCAAGUCCUCUGCUCAAAGCUUGAUGAUUGAUGCCCUCAAGUUUUUGGCUGGUGAUAUUGCUCGAUAUGAGAAUGUUGCUGGUAUCCAGAUCGUCAACGAAGCCGAGUUCUCUGACAGUGCCACUAAGCAGAAGAAGUACUACGCUGACGCCAUCAAUGCUAUUCGCUCCGUGGACAAAUCUGUGCCUGUCGUGAUCUCUGAUGGUUGGUGGCCUGACCAGUGGGCCAAGUGGGUCCAGGAAAACCAGGACAUUGGUACUACCAUUGGUGUGGUUGUGGAUCACCACGUUUAUCGCUGUUUCGAUGGCAAGGAUAAGAACAAGGACCCCAACCGGAUCACCAAGGAUUUGGAGGGAGAUCUCCUCACCAACCUUACUGAAGACGGUAGCGGUGUUGACUUCAUGGUCGGCGAAUGGUCUUGUGUUUUGGACGGCCAGCUGUUUUCCAAGGCUGGUUUGGACCCCAACGACUACGGCAAUUCCAAGAGAGCCGAGUUUGCUAGCAAAUACGGAGCAAAGGUUGCCGAUCUCAUUUUCAAGCGUGCUGGCGCUGGUUGCUACUUCUGGACCUACAAGUUUGAGUCUGGCAACGGUGGCGAGUGGGACUUCCGUCAGCAAUUGCACAAGGCCUUCUCUCCACCAAAAAUCAGCGUUCCAGACGAGAACAAGUUCAAAGAGCUUCUCAAGAACAACUUCAAGGCCCACUCGGACUACUGGAAUUCUCAGAAUUCUAAGGAGAAGUACGAGCAUGACCGCUACAAGGAAGGUUUCACUGUCGCCUGGAACGACAAUUUGGCGUUCGCCAAACAGGGCUCUCUUCUCGGGCGCAGACAGGCGCUUAAGAGUGCUCGUUUGAAGGAGCACAUUGAUGCGAAGGGCAAAUCUAAGUUCCUUUGGGAGUGGGAGCAAGGCUACGAUAAGGGAUGUGAGGAGUUCAACAAUUUGUAA